GUGGCCGCGACGCAACAGCGCGUGGGAAGUUUGGGCACUUAUACACUAGUACAUAAACUUAAGAUGCGCCAGCGCUGGGCCUUUUCCGACGGAGAGCUUCGUUGUUUGUUUGUAAAGUCAGAUCGUCGAGGCGGACGAGUCUGUCGGACAGGAUGGCGUCCAACGCAGCGACAGGCACGCCAGCGAGCCCCUUUGCGUCCAUGACCAAGCUCUCUCCGAGCGUGUACAUCUACCGCCCAGCCACAGCGCCAUCGCGCUCUUCCCCCGACGAAACCACCACCUCUUUGCAGAAGCCAGCGCCAAAGCUGAUCCUCCUCGCGACAUGGAUGGGCGCCCGCGACCCGUACAUCGCCAAGUACCUCGCGCGGUACCAAGCGCUAUACCCAGCCUCCGCAAUCCUCCUCCUGCGCUCUGAGCCGCGGCACUUCAUCCGCCCGCGGGGUAUGCCGUGCGAGAUAGCGCCCGCCGUGCCUUUCUUCCGGACCUUCUUCCCGGCAGACGAUCUCUCACUCCAGAGAGACGGCUCGGGCUCUCACUCAACAGCAAACAACCCCCAGCCAGGCCCAGAACUGCUCAUCCACGCCUUCUCCAACGGCGGCGCCGCCAGCCUCCACGCCCUCCGCCGCGCUCUCGGCGGCGGCGACGGCCAUAAUACAACCCCUGCUCCUCCUCCUCCUCCUCUACCCCGCUACACGUUACUCCUCGACUCAACCCCGGGAACCUUCCGCUACCGCGCCGCGUACCGCGCCUUCACGGCUGGCCUCAAGGCGCCGUUCCUCUGGCUGGUCGCUCCCUUCGUGCACCUAAUCGUGAUGAUGUACUGGGUGCAGCACAUGCUGAUCGGGCGCGGCAGGUCGGGCCCGCUGUACGUCGUGGCGCGCGGGCUGAAUGGCCCGGCCGCGCGGCGGAGCGAGGUGCGCAGGACGUAUGUGUACGGCCCCGCGGAUCGGCUGGUGGAUUGGCGCGAUGUGGAAGCGCAUGCGCGGGAGGCUGCGGAGGAGGGGUUUCGUGUGAGGAGGGAGAGGUUUGAUGGGUCCGAGCAUGUUGCUCAUGUUAGGUUGGAUGGGGAGAGGUAUUGGCGGGUUGUGAGGGAGACUUGGGAGGGUGUGGAUGAGUAAAAGGAUGGGGUUUUGGUUGUG